AUGUUUUCUCUUCUAGUUAAUAUUCCUGCUAAUGCUAACUGGGCACAGAACGGAGUGACUAUUGGUGGAGGUAACGGGUAUGGGGGUGCCAGUAAUCAACUCAACCUGCCUCAAGGUCUCUUUGUUGAUGAUGAUCAAACAGUGGUUAUUGCUGACUACUCGAAUCAUCGUAUCAUCCAAUGGAAGAACGGUGAUACGACGAAUGGACAAGUUGUUGCUGGUGACAAAGGCCAAGGAAAUGGAUUAAAUCAAUUGAAUCGUCCAAUUGAUGUAUUAAUUGACAAAGAGGCGGAUAGUCUC